UCUCAACUUCUCAAGCUUAAAUAAAGAAACGUUUUUAGGAGUCCAUCUAAGACAGUAGUACUUUGACAACAUGUUGGCCUUCUUGAAUGCUCGCUUCUUGGCUUUCGUCUUUGGUCUCUUAGGUAAUAUUAUAUCGUUCCUUGUGUUCCUAGCCCCUAUGCCAACGUUCUACAAGAUUUACCGAAAGAAAUCGUCGGAGGGAUAUCAGGCAGUGCCUUACAUGGUGGCUCUCUUUAGCGCGGCAUUGUUGUUGUACUACGCGGUUCUGAAGACAAAUGCAUACAUGAUCGUCAGCAUCAAUUGCAUUGGAUGUUUUAUUGAAAUAGCUUACCUUUCAGUAUACAUAUUUUAUGCACCCAAAAAUGCCAAGAUAUCUACACUAACGUGUAUAUCUAUAUUCAACGUGUGUGGACUUGGUACGGUGAUGUUAAUCUCGUUGAUCUUGGUGAAAGGCCCAAAAAGAGUUGAACUUGUAGGAUGGAUUUGUGCUGUCAUCAAUCUUGCUGUGUUUGCCGCUCCUCUUAGCAUCAUGAGGAGAGUGAUUCGAACAAAGAGCGUGGAGUACAUGCCAUUCAUGCUCUCCUUCUCUCUCACUUUAUGUGCCACUGCAUGGUUCUUCUAUGGCUUCUUUGUUAACGAUUUUUACAUAGCGGUACCAAAUGUAGCUGGAUUCUUAUUUGGGAUAGUUCAAAUGAUAUUGUAUUGCGUAUACAAGGAUUCCAAUAAGAAAAAUGAUAAGGAUGAGCAAGAGAAACCAAAUAAUAAAAGCACAGAUAAAGAAGGUUUUGAGGUGGAAGUGGUCGCUGACAGCCAAUGUAACCGUCGCAAUUAGUAAUUUGGUUGGUUCAAGAAAGAGAGAAUAAGAAUAUAUGUUAUGAAAGUGCUUUAAAGAUUUUCUGUUUAUUUGGUUGAUUAUUAUUAUAAGAUUAAAAGAAUGAAGUACCCUUGUGGUUGCAUGUUUACUACACGAUCAAUAAACUGUUGUUACUUUUGUGCUUCAAA